AUGUCAACCUCACUCGUCUCGCACACCUUUCGGUGCCGGUAUGGAGGCAAUGGAGGCAAUGGAGGCGAUGGAGGCGACAAUGCCAUCCGUGGCCAGGUCCGGUCGGUUGUCUCGUUUGAUGCCCACACCUGGUCGGAGCUCGCGCCUGGCUCGGUUCUUUCGCUCCCGCUCGGCCGUGCUUUUGAUCAAACGUCAGGUUUGACCGUCCGUGUCACUUCGGUCAUCCGCACUCGGCCUUCAGCCGAUGGCAAUGACCAGCCGCGGCCGGUUGCUGUCGUCCUUGGCUGUCUUGCUGCCUCUGUAGACACUCUUCCUCCCAACUGUCCGCCGUCCGAACGACUGCUUGCCACCGAGCAUGCCGACGGCUCGGUCAUGAUCCACGUUGUGUCGGCCAAGGCCGAGCUCGGCGCCACGCUCUCGGUGACCCGCUCCGACAACGGCAACGCUUUUCGACCUGCCACGCUCACCGUCGGUCCGCUCGCCUCCGCGUUCUGCCACCUGCCGCGCCCUGAGCCAGCGCUUGCGGCCGAUGAGAGUGGCGACAAUCCUGCCCUCGAUCUCUUUGCCGCCGAGCUUGUGGACGAGGCCGCGGCCGAGGCUGCUGCAGGCGGCUCGCUGUUGUUUCCCACCGGAGGCAAGGCCAGCGCUGGGCGGGCGCGGGUUUCUACCCGGUCCAGCGUCCCGAUCUUCACCACCCGGGCCAACGCACCCGACUGCUUCCACCUCGAUUUCGACGGCGGUGUGGUGACAGGUUCGGCAUGGAACGCCUACACCUCGCAGCCUGCAAUGGUCUACGACGCGUGGUCGCUCGACGGUAACUUUGUCGACUUUUCCUCCGCCGAGCGCGACGUCAUCAAGGCCGUUGUCACCCGCGUCGCAGAGGACUUUAUCGCCUUUAACGUAACAGUUACCACCGACGAGUCCAUCUGCGCCGCGUACCCGCCUCAGCGCCGCGCCACCAUCGCCAUCACCCCACCGACAGCUGGGUGGCGCCGACCGGCGGCGUCUCGCCUCCGACUACUACCAGCCGUCAUGGGUCUUUCCGACCACCUCGACGAUCGCGUUAAUGCCAUCGGCGACUCGGUCUCGCACGAGCUCGGCCACCAGCUUGGCCUCUCGCACGACGGAUGGGCAAUUCUCUCCCACUACCUCGGCCACUACGGCUGGGGCCCCAUCAUGGGCACUCCCUACACCAUGUCGGUCACCCAGUGGUCCAAGGGUGAGUACAGUGGCGCAACCAAUACCGAGGAUGACCUUGCCAUCAUCGGCACUAAGCUCUCGCACGCACGCGACUCGAUCGGUGACACCUUUGCCGACGCCCUCGACAUCAUGACUGCCCCGCGUCCGCCAGCGUACUCGAUCAUCAGCGCCAUCACGUCCUCGUCCGACGUCGACUGCAUCUCGUUUGUCGCAGGUAACGGCUCCAUCACCGUCACCGCCCACAUCCUGGCCGACGGUCCCAACCUCGACGUCGGCCUCACGGCGUACAUCGACGUCGAGGCUGAGCCAGUGGUCACCGUCGCACCCGACGAUCAGCUGCAUGCCGAGCUUUUGCUUGUUGAACCCGAGAAUGGGCGGCGGUAUGCGGUGUGCGUCACGGGAACCGGCAACCGCAUCGGCUUCUCGUCGGGCUUUUCCGACUACGGCUCGCUCGGCUACUACGGCCUGGUCGUCGACGGUCCUUUUGGCGACUUUAACGAUCUUACGCCGCCGUUUGGCGUUCUCGAGGGCCGCUCCGCCGUCGUCGCCAACUCGACCACCGUCUCGGCGCCCGAGGUGCUCAAGACUCCGCUAAUCGUCCGCGACGGCGCCCACCUCGACAUUGCUGACAACCUCGCGGUUCCGGCCGGGUGUGUCCGCAUCGAGGACGUGUCGACGCUGGCCAUCGGGUCGGGUGUCCAGCUCACGGCCGCAUGUUUUGUGCAAGCUCCGCAAGCUUCACUCGUUGUCGCCAUCGCGCGCGGUGCCUCACCGAGUCUCGCCGUCGAGGGCUCAGUCGAGCUGGGCGGCUCGCUCGAGGUGGUGCUCAAUGCCGACGUUCGGCUAAUGCCGGGCGACGAGCAGUCGUCAUGCUCGAUUCACGCCCAGCAGCCGGAUUCCUCGUCGGAUGCGACCACAACGACCGCGCCGCCGCCGCGCGCCAGCAAUCGCAACAUUGUGCUCGCUGUCCUCAUCUCGUCGGGCAUCGUUGUCGUCAUUUCUGCCAUCGUCAUCACUCUCAUGUACAAGCGGUCGCGAACUCGCCGGAUUGUUCGUCCCAAGAUUGGCGCCCGCCCUCCGCCCCUCUCGGAUGCUGAGGCACUUGCCGUCGCCUCAGCUAUCUCCCUCGGGCCUCAAGCGCCCGAGCCCUCCUCGACUGACGACACCUCGCAGCUCUCGUCGGACGAAAUCUGA